AUUCUCAUCGCGUAAAAUUUCACUUGAUAGUUCAAAAGUUUGAAGGAAGGUGUUGCGUACAUAAGAAUUUGCCGGUAACGAUGAGGUAAAUCCCGUUCGUGUGUCGUAUAUUGACGUCAUAUUGCGUAAUAGCGGCAUCACUACAUCAUUUAAAUUUGGGAAGAGACAAACGCGGCUGCAAAAUGACGAACGAAGAGGAUACAUUCACAUGCAUUUUAAUCGCACCUUCGAAAAGGAGUACACCGGACUGGGAGCAGCGUUCGGAUUCAUCCAGAUGUUGGUCGCACCAGCGCGGAGACAGUUGACACCGGAGGUGGCUUGAGCAAGCCCGCAGUGAGAUUGGAAAUCCUCAACCGCGAUCGGAAAUUGCCCGGAAACAUGGAGCGCGGAUUGCACGAGCGCGACCGAGCCGGUGUUCAGGACUUCGUCCUGCUGGAAGACUUCCGCAGCGAAUCCGCCUUUAUUGACAAUCUGCGCAAACGAUUCAGGGAGGAUCUUAUUUAUACGUACAUCGGCCAGGUACUCGUGUCAGUCAACCCAUACAAAAAGCUGCCUAUUUAUACGCCGGAGACAAUACAGUACUAUCACAGGAGGAACUUCUUCGAGGCGCCUCCUCACAUUUUUGCUCUCGCAGAUACUGCCUAUCAAUCGCUGACGAAGGAAAACUGCGAUCAGUGCAUCCUGAUUUCAGGCGAAUCAGGAUCCGGGAAAACGGAGGCGUCCAAGAAGGUUUUAGAAUUCAUCGCGGCUGCUACCGGCCACAAGAAGCAGGUGGAGGAGGUGAAUGAUAAAUUGAUCGGCAGCAAUCCCGUGCUGGAAGCGUUCGGUAACGCGAAGACCAAUCGCAACGACAACUCCUCUCGCUUCGGCAAAUACAUGGACGUUCAAUUUGAUUUCCAGGGAGAUCCAGUUGGUGGAAAUAUCCUGAAUUAUUUGCUGGAGAAAUCUCGAGUGAUUCACCAGUCACCUGGCGAGCGCAACUUCCAUAUCUUUUAUCAGCUUUUGGCAGGCGCGGACGACGAUACACUGCGAAAGCUGUUCUUGAAAAGAAACCUCGACACUUUCUUUUAUCUCAGCAACGGUAAAAAAGGCACGGUGGAUACUAUUGAUGACGCCAAUCAAUACAAGGAGGUCAUCCGAGCAAUGAAGACAAUGGAGAUGUCUCAGCAGGAGCAGGAUGACCUGUUCGCCAUAGUUGCGUCAGUAUUGCAUAUGGGUAAUGUGGGUUUCACGGAAGAAGAUGGCGUAGCGACAAUUUUGAAACCCGCGUCCGUCGACGCUAUCGCUAAGUUGUUGGGAUGCGACGUGAAGCGACUGGCAAAUGCGUUCACUCACCGCACCAUAAACGCUCACGGUGACGUGGUGGUUUCACCCUUGAAUAGAGAAUUAGCUAUUUACGCGAGAGACGCGCUAGCCAAGGCUGUGUACGACAGAUUAUUCACUUGGCUUGUGACUAGACUCAACAAGUCCCUUCAGCCUCAGAGCGAUCCUCGGCGUAAAAUGGUUAUGGGUAUUUUGGACAUUUAUGGUUUCGAAAUCUUCGAGAAGAACAGCUUUGAACAGUUCUGCAUUAAUUUCUGCAACGAGAAAUUGCAACAGCUAUUCAUCCAGCUGACACUGAAGUCGGAGCAGGAAGAGUAUCUGCGCGAAGGGAUAGCUUGGGAGAACAUAGAAUAUUUCAACAAUAAAAUUAUUUGCGACUUGAUCGAGGAGAAGUAUAAAGGAAUAAUAUCGUUGAUGGACGAGGAGUGUCUGCGACCUGGCGAUCCGACGGACAUAAGUUUCUUGGAAAAAUUGAAUGUAAAUCUGAAUAGUCAUCCACAUUACAUCAGUCACAAGAAGGCGGAUAUACAAACGCAGAAAAUUAUGGGACGAGAUGAAUUCAGGUUGGUACAUUACGCCGGUGACGUGACGUACAAUGUGCGCGGAUUCCUCGAGAAGAAUAAUGAUUUGCUAUUCCGAGACUUGCGUGAAAUCAUGUCGCACACGACGAAUUCCAUCACAAAAGCUGUGUUCGACGUGAAAGAUUUAACCAGUAAAAAACGCCCGGAGACCGCCAUCACUCAAUUCAAGAAUAGCUUGAAUAAUCUGGUCGAAAUUCUGAUGGGCAAGGAACCGUCUUACAUUCGUUGCAUCAAACCCAAUGAUUUCAAAAUGGCCAAUCAAUUCAACGACAAGAUUGUGCUGCAUCAAGUGAAGUACUUGGGCCUGAUGGAAAAUCUGCGAGUGAGGCGCGCUGGUUUCGCGUACCGAAGACCGUACGAGCAGUUCUUACAGCGUUACAAGUGCCUCUGCUCGGAAACCUGGCCGAAUUAUCAUGGCCCGGCCAAAGAGGGCGUGCAAGUGCUCGUGUGUUACCUCGGCUACGAGCGAGAGGAAUAUAGGAUGGGCAAUACAAAACUGUUCAUCCGGUUUCCUAAAACGUUAUUCGACACGGAAGAUGCGUUCCAAAUAAAGAAACACGACGUAGCCGCUAUUAUUCAGAGCAAAUGGAAGUGCAUAUUGGCGAGGAGGAGAUACUUGAAGAUGCGAGAGGCGGCGAUCAUUUUCCAGAAAUAUAUUCGCAGGUGGCACGCGAAACGCGCAGCACAAAAGCGCCGACGCGCGGUUGUUACUAUUCGCAGGUUCAUUGAAGGUUUCAUCACUCGCGAGGGGCCGCCCACCGAAAUUAAUAUGGCAUUUAUCGAAUUGGCGAAAUCGCAGUGGCUCAUUAGGCUGUCAAAAACACUGCCACAGGGUGUAUUAAAUCAUUACUGGCCACCGUGCCCGUACUCUUGUCGAGAGGCGUCGGAGCAUUUGCGUAUAAUGUACAAGAGAUGGAAGGCUCGACGUUACCGAUUGGCGUUGAGCAAAGAGGAUAAGAAGCACUUCGAGUUGAAGAUUCUCGCAGAGUCUCUGUUCAAAGGCAAAAAGAAGUCGUACGCGAAGAGUUUGGGCCCGAGAUUCAUAACCGAUCGUCUCGGCGCGGAGCACAAAGCGUUGCGACAAAGCUUUACCAGUAAUAUUCUGUCUUCCGGAGAACAUAUAAAGUACGCCACUCCAGUCGUCAAGUAUGAUCGACACGGUUACAAGCCACGUGAAAGAGUGCUCAUUUUAACGGAGAACGCUGUGUACAUCCUCGACACGCUUAAAACCUUUAAGCUUAAGCAUCGCUUGCCUUAUAAGGCUAUCGAGGAGCUGGUCGUCACCGGAGAAUCCGAUAAUCUGCUCAUCGUCAGGAUACCACCCGAAUUAAAAAAAGAUAAGGGCGAUUUGAUCUUGGAAGUUCCACAUAUAAUAGAAGCUUUAACAAAGGCGAUUGAUAUUACCAGCAAUCCGAAUAUUCUCAAGAUCGUUAAUACUGAGUCUGUGUCUCACAAGCUAGUCAGUGGUAAAGAAGGAGUAAUUGAAGUUAGAACUGGCACUACUGCGGCGAUCAGUAAGAAUCGACAGAGCGGACACUUAUUAGUGGUUGCUUCUCCAUAAAAUGUAUUCAAAUGAUCUUUCGAUUACCGGAAGAACCAAGUGCUAUGAUGCCCUGGGCAGCCUUAAUACACAAUGUGAUUUAGAGAAUAUGCAACAGACUACUGAGAAAAAAUAAUAUAUGACAUUUUAAUAACCUGUUGAAUUACCCCUGUAAUUUUAUACUUCGUUGGGGAGAGAUAACAAAAUGAUAAUACGAAAAGCACAGUGCCAUAAGGCCUCUUGUAUAUUUCUUUGUAAAUUAGGUAAUAUUGUUAAUUGAUAUUUAUUCUGAAAAAAAUAUUUCAUCAAAUUGGUGUUUAUUUGUCAAUAAUUUAAUUUAAUAAGCGUUGUUUAAAUGUAAGUAAAAAACAUUUCAGUAACGGAAAGCAAUAAAUGAAAAAAAUUCCUUGGCUGAUUUUCUUUUCCUGAAUUUAGCAAAGAGGUAGAAAAGAAUGGAAAAAUAUUAUCAGCUAUGAUUUAUAUAAUAGAGAUAAUAUAAAAAUUGAACUUUCAAGUGGCAUGUGCAAAUUAAAAAAGGAACUUUCCGUAUAUCAUCAUAUUAAUUCCUCUCAAUGAUAGACUUAUAUCUUUAAGAGUUCAAAACUAAUAUAUUCCUAAGGUCUUUGUCCAAAUAAAACUCAUUUUGCAAGUAUAA